AUGGUUGAUUGGCCGACGUUUUGUCGCCGUUUCCUUGAGAAGUACUUCCCUGAAGUCAUAAGGAGAAGGAGAGAGCAGGAGUUCCUUACUCUGAAACAGCGACAGAUGAGUAUCGAUGAAUAUGCGGCAAAGUUUGAAGAGUUGUCAAAGUAUUGCCCUUACUUCGCACAAGCUGAUGACAGAGCUCAUUGCUCUAAGUUUGAAAGUGGACUGCGUCUCGACAUUAAGCAGGCCAUCAGCUGUCAGCAUGUACAACACUUUCCAACUCUGGUGGAUAGGUGUCGUAUCUAUGAGGAUGAUACGAAGAAUCGCCAAGCGCUUUGGAAAAGUUCUGGUCCUCAGCGUCCUGCAAGCAGUUUGGGUUCUAAGGGAAAGGGAAUCCAAGAGAGGCACAAGCCUUAUUUUAAUCCAGCACGUAGCUACGGAGCGAACCUACUAGAAGUCAGAGGUCUAGUAGUGGAAGUGUAA